UGACAAGUGUCAACAAAACUCAAAACACGUGUGGUGCUGGAGGAUGCAUGGACAGUUCAGAAUGAACCUUGACUAACAUGAGCCAUUUAUCAAUAUUAUCUCCAGGGCAUAUCGCAAGAAGGAACUAAAUGCACCAAGUUUAAGGAGUAUUUAUUAAAAUGAAGUUCGCCUAUCGGUUUUCCAAUCUUUUCGGAGCUGUCUAUCGUCAGGGGAAUCUGAGUUUUUCCAAAGAUGGCAACUCGGUGGUCAGUCCUGUUGGGAACCGCAUCUCUGUCUUCGACCUGAAAAACAACAAAUCUGAAACGUUGCCAGUGUCCACCACAAAGAACAUCACAUGUGUCGGCCUGUCUCCUGAUGGAAACCUGGCCAUCCUGGUGGAUGAAGACGGUGCAGCGCUGUUGGUCAGUCUCAUCACCCGGGCCGUGCUGCAUCAUUUCCACUUCCACAAGCCUGUGAGCAGUAUUCGCUUCUCACCUGAUGGCAGGAAGUUUAUUGUGACUAAGGAGAAUGUGGCGUUGAUGUACCACGCUCCCGGGAAGCAGCGGGAGUUUAACGCCUUUGUGUUGGACAAGAGCUACUAUGGUCCGUACGAUGAAACCACCUGCAUCGACUGGACGGACGACUCCAAGUGUUUUGUGGUUGGCAGCAAAGACAUGUCGACGUGGGUGUUUGGUGCUGAGCGAUGGGCUAACCUCAUCUACUACUCACUGGGAGGACACAAGGACGUCAUUGUGGGCUGUUUCUUUGAGAAGGACAGUCUGGAUCUGUACACAGUGAGCCAGGACGGGACGCUGUGUGUGUGGGAGAGCAACACUGAGCUGGACGGCCUCGUCCUGCACAAGAGAACCAGUCAGAGAGAGGAGGAGGAUGACGAGGAGCAGAGGGAUGAAGGAGAGGAUGGAGAGCCCAGAGGAGAAGUCAUCAGGGGGAAGGCUGAAGCCCCGAAGGACGAGGGGAAGACCAAGAACGUCCGAUACAAACAGAUGAGCAAACAUUUCUUCAACAAGGAGGGCGACUUCAACAACCUGACGGCUGCAGCCUUUCACAAAGAGUCCCACAUCCUAGUUACGGGUUUUGCCUCCGGAAUCUUCCACCUGCACGAACUUCCAGAGUUCAACCUGAUCCACUCCCUGAGUAUUUCAGACCAGAGAAUUGCUUCAGUGGCUAUGAACAGCUCUGGUGACUGGAUUGGCUUUGGCUGCUCAGGGCUGGGUCAGCUGCUGGUGUGGGAGUGGCAGAGUGAGUCGUACGUCUUCAAGCAGCAGGGACACUUUAACAACAUGGCCUCCCUGGCCUACUCACCAGAUGGACAGUACAUCGUAACAGGAGGGGAUGAUGGAAAGGUGAAAGUGUGGAACACCAACAGCGGCCUUUGCUUCGUCACGUUCACGGAGCACACCAGCAGCGUCACCAAUGUCACCUUCACCUCCAGCGGCUUCGUCAUCGUCAGCGCUUCUCUGGAUGGGACGGCCAGAGCAUAUGACCUCCACAGGUACCGUAACUUCCGGACGUUCACGUCGCCGCGGCCUGCGCAGUUCUCCUCUCUGGCAGUAGAUGUCAGUGGAGAGCUGGUGAGCGCAGGAGCACAGGACUCCUUUGAGAUUUUCAUCUGGUCCAUGCAGACCGGCAGACUGCUGGAGGUCCUUGGGGGCCAUGAGGGCCCAGUCAGCUGCUUAUGUUUCAGUCCAGUCCAGUCCAUUCUGGCCAGUUCCUCAUGGGACCGCACCGUGCGACUGUGGGACAUGAAUGACAGCUGGCAGACCAAGGAAACGCUCCGCCUCACCUCCGAUGGCCUGUCAGUGUCUUACCGGCCUGACGGUCAGGAGUUGGCCGUGGCCACUUUGGACGGAGAGAUUUCCUUCUGGAACCCCCACACAGCCACACAGACGGGCUCUAUAGUCGGCCGGCACGACCUGCAGAUGGGCCGCAAAGAGACGGACAAAAUCACUGCCAAACAGUCGGCCAAGGGCAAGUCCUUCACAUCGCUUUGCUACUCGGCGGACGGGGAGUCCGUUCUGGCAGGAGGCCAGUCCAAGUUUGUCUGCAUCUACAACGUCAAGGAGCAAAUUCUGCUGAAGAAGUUUGAGAUCUCCUGCAACCUGUCGUUUGAUGCCAUGGAGGAGUUCCUGGACCGACGGAAGAUGACAGAGUUUGGCAGUCUGGCUCUGGUGGACGAGGGAGCAGGCGACGGAGACGGGGUUCACCUCAGCCUGCCUGGAGUUAAGAGAGGCGACAUGAGCUCUCGACAUUUCAAGCCGGAGAUCAGAGUCAGCUCUCUGCGCUUCUCCCCUACUGGCCGCAGCUGGGCAGCCACCACCACCGAGGGCCUGCUGGUCUACUCUCUGGACAGCUCGCUGGUCUUUGACCCCUACGACCUGGACCUGGACGUGACGCCAGCCAGCAUCCGCAAGCAGCUGCGGCUCCAGGAGUGGGCAGCAGCCAUCGUGUUGGCGUUCCGCCUCAAUGAGCGUGCGCUCACGCAGGAAGUGCUGGAAACAGUGCCGCACAAAGAGAUCUCAGUGGUGUGUGGCUCCCUGCCAGACGUGUAUGUUGAGAAGCUGCUGGGCUUUGUGGCGGCUUCGUUGGAGAGGUCGGGUCACCUGCAGUUCUACCUGACGUGGGCACAGACUCUGCUGAUGCUGCACGGACAGAAACUCAAGAACAGGUCAGGAGCCAUACUUCCCACCCUGCAGGCGUUGCAGAAGAGUAUCCAGAAACACUUUGACGAUCUGUCCAAACUGUGUGACUUUAACAUGUACAAUAUUCGCUAUGCGGUGGCCCUGUCCAAGCAGAGGGGCAUGAAGAGGGCAGCUGAGGAGGAGGGAGAGGAGGAGGAUGAAGAGGAGGAAGAGGAGCUGUUGUCAGAGGGGAUGAGCGAGGCCUCUCUGGAGGACGUGGGCGUGGCCCUGUAACAAAACCACCUCAUUCCAUCAGCAUGUCGCGUUUCAAGACAGAGAAAUGUACUGCUGGACUGCUGAGAGAACUGGUCUGUGUGGACUUCAGGAGAUGAUGAUUUUGAACUUUUUUUAAUUAAAUUCUUAUAUAAACUGA